AUAACAAAAAAACAAAAAACACUUCACUUGAACUCACAGCAGCUUCAGUUCCUAUAAAUCACCACACCCUGUCUAUCUCACACACUGCACCACCACCAAUCCACCCUCACUUCUCUCUCUUUCUUCUACACUUGCAGAGAGCAGCAAUGGCUAAAACCCUAGCACUAUUCCUGCUUUUAGCUACUUCCUUCACUGUGUUUGCACAAGAUCAAGAAGUCCUUAACCCUUCCACCAUUCCCUCCCUUGUAGCACUUCCACACAACGUUCCACUUCACCCACCAGUUGCAGCUCCACCACCUAACUAUCACAACCACCCUGUUGCUCCGGUUCACCCCCCAACACACUCACCUAUUCACCCACCGGCUCACGCCCCACACCACCACCACCACCACCACCCACCGGCUCCGGCUCCUGCUCCUAUUAAGCCUCCAGUUCACCCUCCCACCUCUGUCCCAGUUAAACCCCCCACCGGCCACCACCACCACCACCAUCCUCCUUCCCCUGCUCCUGCUCCAGCCCCUGCACACCACCAUUACCCUCCCACCCCUGCUCCUGUUCACCCACCUGUUCACCCCUUCCCUAGAAGCUUUGUUGCUGUUCAAGGUGUUGUCUUUACCAAGUCCUGCAAAUAUGCAGGGGUUGACACCCUCUUGGGUGCCACUCCCAUUUCUGGUGCCGUUGUGAAGCUCGAAUGCAACAACACCAGGUACCGAUUGGUUCAGAAGGUGAAGACUGACCACAACGGCUACUUCUACUUGCAAGCUCCCAAGACCAUCACCACCUUUGGGGCCCACAAAUGCAAGGUCUUUUUGGUCAGUGCACCCGCGGGCCUCAAGCCCUCCAAUUUGCAUGGUGGUGUCAUUGGGUCUGGGCUCAGGCCCGUCAAGCCUUUCCUUUACCAGAAGCUUCCUUUCCUGCUCUACAAUGUUGGGCCUCUCGCGUUUGAGCCCACCUGCCCAGGCCCACAUUAAACUGAUUAAGCUGUGUUUGGUUGGUUUGUUUUGCCUUUUUAUGGAUGAAUGAAUGAAUAGCUUUAUUGUCUCCAUUUCUAGUAUUUUUCUAGUGUUUCGAGGUGAGGGUGUGGGUCCUUGAACUUGUAGUAAUGAUUUAGCUUUAUGCUUGAAUUAAUUAUGUACAAUAAGUUUGACUGUUAUAGCUUUAUGCCAAAA